GAAAAUAUCAAUGCAGAAAAAAGAGAAAGAAGGCCGAAGAAAGCUGAAAUACGACUCAAACGACGGUCUUCUGCCGGAAAUUCGCCGAGUUUGCGGUUUUCCACACCACAUUUCCGAAGAAUUGUCGGCGAGAGGGUCUGGAAAGAAGAAAAAGCAAGUGGAGGAAGAAUGGAAAUGGCCUGAAGCUCAAAUAUGCGGAAUUUGCUCUUCCGGCGGUAACAUUCUAUGCUGUGAACAGUGUCCAGCAUCCUUUCAUCUUGCUUGUAUUGGAUACGAAUCAUCCGAUCUUCCAGACGACAAUUUUUACUGUAAUCGAUGUAGAAAUCUUCCGGAAAACGUUCGGCUCUUUCCACCGGAAAAGUGCUCGCCGUCUGUAAAUCCAGUGCUCCGAGUUGAAAAUGAAAAUCACCGAAAUUGGGAAGCUAUUGAAUAUCAUUGUAAUCGACUUAGAGAUGAGGAACAGGCCGAGAAAAUGAAAAAAGAUGUUGCUUAUGGGCCAAAAAGUGAAUUUGCAGAAAUUCAAGACUGUUUUCGGGAUAAAAAUCUACUGAAAGCACUUGGAAUGGCUAAUCCCAUGGAUUAUACAAUACCACCGGAAUUCCAAGCAGAUCGUGAUUGUUUCUCUGGUGAUGCAAUGGAAGACAAGAGGCCAACUAUAAUGGGAGAAGUGUGUGCUGAGUGCAAUUUAAAAGACGACUGGACACGAAUGCUAAAAUGUGACUUUUGUGACCUGAUAUGGCAUCAAAAAUGUGUAACACCUCCACUUAUUCAUGUUCGUGCAUAUUUCUAUUGGAUGUGUCCAAGACAUCCAGAAACUGUCAUUGAUAGUGUUUUAAUUGGUGAUGAGAUUUCACGAGAAGAUCGUCGACGGCUUUAUGAUAAAUAUGCUGAUGUUGAGCCGAGCUACGAGAUUUUUGAGGAAUUUUGUAUUAAAACUGAACAAUUUCGAAUGAAAUCGGAGGUUUUUGAUUCCGAAGAAAUGUAUUAUGAUCCUGAAGAAGCCAGCACAUCAUUCAUGCAAACUGUAAUAAAACCGAGACAAACUUCACGCAAGACUACUGGACGUUCGGCGUCGAAAAAGAAAUCUAAUGGACGAUUUUUUGCGUCUUCUUGGGAUUUUCCCGGGUUAUCAUCUCGAGAAACGUCGCCGUCACGCAAAAAUUCGCGAAAAUCGCCUGAUUCUGUGGCUACUGAGAGAAAGGAUCGAGUUUUGGAUAAAAUAGAUAAAAAACGGAGUAUUAAGCUUACUGAAGAGGAAAUUAUUAUGUCAAUUAUGCCUGUUGAAGAAUCCUCGCGAGCCGAAUACCUGACUCAAAAAAUGCUGGGCACAGAUAUUGAACAAUCAACGAACUUCUUCAAUCGUCAUUCUGCAAUGAUUGAUAGGAUACGUGCUUUUUAUGGAAAUCUUCCCGAAAAAGAACUAAUAAAACUAAUGCGCGAAGAUCUGGAUCCGGUGGAAACGAUUCGCGGCGGUGGAACCCAAUCAAUAAUCUCACAAAACGAGAAACCCUAUCGAAAAAAGCUGAAAGCCGACGUAGAAGUGCUCAUUCAACACGUUGGGCUCGGCACAGACUCCACCGAACGCCACUUCAACUCAAUCGGCACCGAAGCAUUCUAUCGUCGUUGUGCACCGCCCGUCACUGCUCGGAACGUGCUCAAUCAGAAAACUCUGCGAGAAGUUGUGCUCAACUCACAGAAAGAGGCUCACGAGGGUGCAGGCGUCUACGAGUAUCACGCGGAGCCCGAACAGUUGGAGAAUUUGGUGCUUCUGGCUUAUGAGCCGAGUUUUGAGAGCCCAGAGGACAGGGACACUUAUUUUGUGCCAAGUAUGACGAUUUGGUCGAAAGAGCCCAUUUGUGCACUGACCAGGAAAUGGGCGGCGUCAGGGGCUUCAAAACAGGCUCCGCCUAGUUCCAGCUCUUCUGAAGCUCCGUCUGUUGAGGCGGAAGUCAAGGAAGAAGUGGUGGAAGAGGAAGAUGAAGAGAAUGAAGCACGAAUGAGACGAGAAUCCACAGCGACUUCUUCAAUUGUCUAUAACAAUGACACUGGACCCCUCGAGUUUAUCGAAGAAAACAUGCCGCCUCCAGCAGCCACUAUUACGGAAAAAUCGGAUCCAUUUGAUUUUUCUUCACUUGAAAUGCCCGAAAUUCACGAAAAAGCCGAAACAGUAUACGAGGCUGAAGGAUAUUACGGAGAAUCCGAUGAUUUACCAUUGGAUUUACGUCGAACGAAAAGUGAAUCCGAUCUUGUCGAUCGAAUCAUUUGGCCGUUGGUUCGGAGCGCCCUUCAAAAUUUCAUACGCCGUGAGGAUUGCCAUCAAAUGCACCUGGAGCACAAUUAUUCUUCUCUCUACCAAACUCACGACUCGGAUGAGGAAAAUCAACCGGUGGUGGAGGUGGAGAAACUGAUUACCUAUGAAGAAUACCAAGAAAAUCUUUAUUCCGCAGAAUUUGCAUCUCCACAGACUCCACCGCCAAUUCCACCACCUCCCGCCGUCUACUAUGACAAUUUCUCGGAUGCUCCUCGAAAACGCGGUCGACCAGUUGGAUCAAGAAAUCGGAAGGAGGGAGACACCACAAUUCCGAAGCAGCAGAGAAAACGGAAUCCACAACCGGUUGGACGUGGCCGUGGCCGUGGUGGUGGACGGCCACGUGGUAGUCGAUCUAGCAGAGGAUCAAUGGAUGAUGGAGGAGGAUCAAGACGGCACUCGACAGCAUCAGAUGCUAACGAAUCUGCGGAAUUGUUGAACCAACCUGUGACGAAACAGCUGAGAGAUGAGAUUAAAGAAAUAAAACUGAAAUACACGAAAAUGAUGAUGGAUCGGGGUUUCGAGCAGGCGAAGGACGAGUAUUUUAGAAAUCGUGACGCAGCACUCAGCAAAUGGACGCCUGAACAAUGGAAAGAGCACAAUGAGCAAUGUGUGGCAGCCCGUCUCUCGUCUCUAAUCCCAUACGAUCAACGAUAUUUCCUACCGACUCAACGGGUCCUGGCACGAUUGGAUCUCGAGGAUGGCGAUCUACGACUGCCGGCGGUGCAUCUUCCAAUUGCCAUUCAAAGAUGUGUCACAAAACUCGGCACCGCCCAUGAUUGCCACGUACGAUGUGAUAAAUUGACGGGCGAUGCGUGGUGCUCGGUGCUUGCAGAUUAUCAUUGUGAUAUUGUUCGCGAUUAUUAUUCGGAUAAUUUUUAUAUUUCGACACUCGGCACUGAAGCGGUUUUUGUGGAUGGACGGGCGGUACGAAGACCGCGGCUGACACCGUUUGAGGCAGCUGAGAAAUUGAGAACUCGAGGUUCCUCAACAAUCAUCCCUCCACAUAUCAAAUGUCGAUGCCAAAAACAUUCUGAUCUACAAAUUUCGCGCCAAGAGAGCACCGGUGAACUCGUUCGCUGUGGAAUCCUGAAACUGGAGCACGGAGCACGUAUUCAAAUUGGCUGUGUCGCGUUCAUCUUCUCUAGGAUCUAAUUAUGUGAUCUCUUACCUCUUUUUUUCUGUCCGUGAAUAUCACGUAUUUUGAUUUUGAAAUUUUUUUAUGUGAAAUCGUAAAAUUUUAAUGAUUCUU